AUGGAUUCCGCUCGUUCGCGUGUCUCUUUCGAGGAAGCACACUUGCAAGACAAACUUGCAUCGCUUCAUGAAGACGAUGGCUUCAAAGAUGGAUACUUCGGUAUGGACGGCAGCGAGGACGACGACGAAGGCGACACAACCGCAUCGCCGUAUUCGCGGCGGCGGGCUUCCUUAUCCAUUCGUAUACCUCCUGCUAGAGCCACCGCCGAUAUAGCAUUCACCGCGCUACAAUACCUGCCAAUGCCCAUCUUGGUCCUUUCGAGCGAGAAGACUGUCGUGUUGGCGAACGAGGCGCUUGGACGAUUGCUUGGAAUCGACCCGGAUGAUGAAGAGGAGGAUGAUCCGAACAUGGGUCCUUUAGAAAGGCUGGCGAGCCGGGAAGUCAAGACUUUCACAGACAUACUGUAUGGCACAACAUUGGCUCAGCUUGGUUUCGACUUGCUUCAGAACGGAAGCGCAGUAUUUGUGGCGUGGGAGGAGUUUCUUGACACAAUCUUCGACGAUGCGUCCAAAGCGCAAUGUAGCACCACACAGCUCAACACAUUCCACUCACGAUCGAGGGACACUGACACUACUCCAACUGGGAGUAGUCACAAACGAUCUGUAUCUGCAACGAGUUCCUCGAGGCUCAGUCAAGCAAGCGGCACACGUACUGAGGUGCACGAUGCUGCCGUUGAUGUGGUCUUCUCCACACACCGUGACUCCAAGACUGGCAUUCCUCUUGCGCAUCGCAACGAAAUGGCGGACCACGUCCAGGCCCAAAUGAUCGUCUCUGUAUGGGCUACUGAAGAUGAGCAAUACUUCACCCUAACGUUCACUGCUGCGCGCAGCGACCCUGGACUAUCAAGCCCGCCUUCAGAGGGAACGAAAGCCACCAGUCGAACUGUCUCGCGCACCACGACAAGCUACUCGACCGGCGGACGAUCUGGAUUGAGCUCUUCGUCCAGCUCAAGCUCUCGCUCAGAACUUAAGAAAGCUGGAAAAGUACAGAGCCCGCCGACGACUACAUUCGCAAGUCCAACUACAAUCCCUGUGAUGGACUUCCCGCCUCGAGGUCCACCUGCCAAGGCUUCGCAGACAUCUGCCCCAAGUAUGUUCAGUAAGAGUAACAAGUUGAAAGAAGCUCUUUUGAACAGCAUGAAUAUGCCCGCAUACGCAAUGUGGAAGGACGAGAGCUUUGGUAUUCCCAACAAAGCUGCUAUCAAGCUGCUGUACCCUUGGAUCGAAGACGGGCAACACGAUUCCAGCGAGCAGGCGAGGGACUUUCUCUCUCGAUAUACACUGUACCGAGAAGACUUCUCAGAAGAAAUGCCUAUGGACGAAUUCCCGAUAUACAGACUCAUGCGGCUGCGCGAGCGAUUCGAAGGCUAUCGCAUUGGCAUGUAUAGCGUGAAGGACGGAAGUCAAAUGGUCUUUGAUACUAGCGGUGAGCCUUUGAGGGACGACAAGGGCGAAUUUCUAGGCGGUGUUGUCAUUUUCCACGACGUGACAGACUACACGCGCACAAUCUCGGCAGAGCGAACGAAGAACGAGCGCCAGUUUGAAAACAUCUGCAACAUGGUCCCACAAAUGAUAUGGAGAACGACACCCGAGGGAUCGCACGACUACUUUUCGGAUAGAUGGUACACCUACACAGGACUCACUCCAGAAGACAGCAUGGGUGAGGGAUGGGUCAAUGCUUUCCACAAAGACGACCUUGUUGCGACAGAAGCCAGGUGGAGACACAGUCUAGCAACAGGAUACGAGUACUUGACAGAGUAUAGAGCCAAGUCUGCAGCUGGUGAGUGGCGGUGGAUGCUUGGGCGCGCCGUGCCCAUGCGAGAUGAGAACGGCAAGAUCGUAAAGUGGUUUGGAACAUGCACGGACAUCCACGAGCAAGUCAUGGCCCGUGAGGAAGCCAAGCAAACACAGGCGCAGCUGGAACAGGUCAUUGAGCAUGCUCAGAUCACACUGUGGGCAGUUGAUAAGAACUACAGGCUCACGCUGGCCGAAGGCAAACCCAUGUCACCAGACAAGCCGGGUAAUAAACUACAGACGGAACCCUAUCACGGAAGUAAUCAGUUCGUUGGCAGGACGAUAUGGGACAUCUUCGAGGCGCAGGGCAGGAAGUCCGAGCAGCCUUCUUUCGAGCGUCCUAUCAGGGACGUCAUCAGCGGCAGGAUACCAGACUCAACGAUCGAAACACAGAUAUCGACAACCAAGCGCUGGUUCCGGACAAGGCUCUACCCUCUGCUUCGCCAAUCUCGAAACGGAGGCAUUGAAGGCGACAAGUACAUCGACGGUGUGGUCGGCGUGAGCAUGGAUGUGACAGAACUCAAGAUCGCCGCUGAGGAAGUCGCUGAGCGAGAUCGUGAGAACUCCAGAUUGAUGGCUCAGUCUGUCGCUGCCAAAGAAGCCAGCAAGAUGAAGAGUCAAUUUCUGGCCAACAUGUCUCACGAGAUUCGCACGCCUAUUGCUGGAGUCAUUGGCAUGUCUGAGUUGCUGCUCGACGACGACACAGGCGAAUUGACGAAGGAGCAAAGAGAGUGCGCCGAGAAUAUUCAGCGAAGUGCUAACGGCUUGCUGACGGUCAUAAACGACAUUUUGGACUUUUCCAAGGUCGAGAGCGGACGACUGGACAUCGAGGAAGUGCAGUUCGACUUGUCGGUUGUCAUUCGUGAUGUCAACAAGAUGCUGAGCUUCGCCGCCGAACGCAAGGGCCUGAAGUACAUUGACGAUAUCGAACAGCUCAAGUGCUGGAAGGUCAUGGGCGAUCCUGGGCGAUUACGACAAGUCAUUACGAACUUGCUUACCAACUCCAUCAAAUUCACCAGUGAAGGUAGUGUCACUUUGCGCUUGAAGGUGAUGAAGGAGACAGAUGACAUGGUUGAAGUACAUUUCACCGUGGAAGAUACGGGCAUUGGCAUUGAAGAGGAGGUCAGGAGAAAGCUUUUCAAGCCCUUUUCACAGGCCGACAGUUCGACCGCACGGCGCUUUGGAGGCACUGGGCUAGGUCUGACCAUCAGCAAGAACUUGGUCGAACUCAUGCGUGGUAGCGUCAGUCUGGAAUCAAAGCUAGGCGUUGGGACCAAGGCGUCAUUCUGGAUACCUUUCCACAAGGCGCCAUAUCAAUCGACAGACGCGCCAAUAGUCGACUGCGGCCCUAUACCAGAUCGAUUGCAAUCUGAGCUAUCGGUAUCGAGACCGGGAUCAGACAACAGUGCACCGACAACGCCCACGAUACCGAGCAAGCCCACACAUAAGCGGGAUCAUUCUGGAUCUGGUAUACCUGGAUUUCCUCCUUGGCCGGACGGUCAGCCAUUGGACGUGGAUUUGAGUGAGGAAGAACGGAAAGCGGUGAAUGUGCUAGUCGUUGAAGACAACCCCAUCAAUCAGCAAAUCGCUCUAAAGACGAUCAAAAAGCUCGGCUUCCCCGUCCGAGCCGUCUGGAAUGGCAAGGAGGCGCUGGACUACCUACAAACGUCUUCGAAAGAUCAACCUCGCCCUGACAUCAUCCUCAUGGAUGUACAAAUGCCCAUCAUGGAUGGCUACAAGGCUACGUAUACCAUACGGAACGCACGACCUUUCGCCAGCGACCCCGAAAUUCGGGGCACUCCCAUCGUAGCCAUGACUGCUUCGGCAAUCCAAGGCGACAGAGAGAAGUGCCAAACGGCCGGCAUGGACGAUUACCUAGCCAAACCCGUCAAAAAGCCCAACCUGGAAAGAAUGCUGGUCAAAUGGGCCAUCGAAGGCAAGCGAAAGCGCGCCGAACUACGAAACAACCCCAGCCUACUUCGAGCCGCCUCCCGCCCCAGCAAUCCCCGCAACGGCUCGUCCUUCGCAUCCGACAACUCAAACGGCCUCAACCCCCAAGAACACCUCAGCUCCGAACUCGACCGCCUCGAAUUCGUCCACCGCUCCUCCGUCCAAACCUCCUCCGAAUCCAUCUCCGACCGCGCCCUCCGCCAACAAGCCGCGGAAGAACAAGCCAUCGCCCUCCGCGACCACGAACUCAUCGAAGCAGGCGAAGACCCAAAAACGAAACUCGGCCGCGGCGUCAGCGAGGCUCAGCAGGAAUCUCCUACUUCCGCCCUCACGGCCGAGAACGUGGGGAAACUGGAUAUGGUUGACCAAAGGAUGGCGAGGCUGAGGAAGGAGCAUGGUGCCGGUGGUGCCGGGGGUUUCUUACUUCAUGAUGGGGAUGGGUCGAGUGUCGUCGCGACGAAGGCGGAUACGGCGAGUAGUGUUGUGCCGCCGCAGCCGGGUGGGAUGGCGUUAAUGGGCUUGGGAAUAGACGGAGUGUUGGAUCGUGACGAUAGAUGGGAUGGGGUGGUGAGGUUUCGUCUUGGAUAG